AGCCACAGCUACAGCCCAGCAGGGCCUUCGCAAGGGCAGGAAGCAGACGAGUGGAUUCAUCCAGGCAGAACUCCAGAGAAGCGCGUCCGCACACUCCAGUCGCACCGCUAGGCUGGUUAUAUCGAGUACGAAUAUUGCGAUUUGUGUCUGUCGCUCUACGGAAAUAACCCGCCCUGAGCGCACGCGGUUCCGGGCUGCGAGACUCGGAGAGCGAUUAGCUAGAAAAUAAUCCCAUGAUCGACCAAUCGCAGCGUGCGUAGGACGUAACUCGAUCAAUCAUGCUCUAGAGCCACGGGCGUUACUGAGACCAAGUGGAUCCGUCCGUACGCGGUUCGAAUGAUGCCGGUGCAUGGCAGCAUGAUGAAUCUCGCUGAGGAAAGACGAAGCGGCAGCGGAACAGCUGGGCGUUUGUUGCGGAGAUUCUCGAGUCUCUGCGAGUAUGGCGGGAUGCGGCGUCAUGAUUCGCUGCGAGUGGUCGUGUGGUCGGUGCUCUUGAUAAUGCUCCUCUCCCAGCCGUUUCAAGCUCUUGGCUCCGCAGGUCCUUCAGAGGCGUCACAGGGACUCGAGAGAUCACCUGACACAGCAACCCAUGCAGAAGGAACACCUGGAGCGGAAACACCUGGAGCAGAAACACCUGGAGCGGAAAUACCUGGAUCAGAAACACCUGGGGCAGAAACACCUGGAUCAGAAACGGCUGUAGCAGAAACACCUGGGGCAGAAACACCUGGGGCAGAAAUACCUGGGGCAGAAACACCUGGGGCAGAAACACCUGGGGCAGAAACACCUGGGGCAGAAAUACCUGGGGCAGAAACACGUGGAGUAGCAGGAGGAGGAUCAACAGACACACCAACAGAAGGAUCUGUAGCAGCAGUUGCUAGGCCAGAACCAAAAGAGACAGUGGAAGAAGCAGCAGCUGCUGCUGCUGCUGCAACAGCAGGGACAGGAGAAGCAACAGCGGAAGGGGUACUACAAGCAGCAACAGCAGCAACAGAAGCAGCAGGAGCAGCUGAAGCAACAGGAGGAGCGGGGGGCGGAGAAACAGAAGCAGCUGUAGCUUCGGGGACAGGGCGUGAAACAACAGCUGCUGCUGCUAAUGCUGCACCUGGUGGCAGCAGUGGCAGCAGCGGCAGCAGCGGUGGUGGCAUGAAGCGAACGCACCACCUGUCGGAUCCCACUAAAGUGGCUGGAGGCGGGGGAAGCAGAAGCAAAAGCUAUGUGGGGGAUAGUGGCAGUGCCAGUGGUGCUGCUGGCGGUGCUGCUGCUGGUGCUGCUGGGCAUGCAGAGCGCGGCAACCCCAAGGCUUUUCGGUUCACGAAUGAGGAUUUGCUGGAUGCAAUGGAUAUUCUGUUCGCCCGCAAGACCAAGCGCAACGUGCCAGCAGCCAUCCAGCAGUUGAAGCACAUGGCCAGCCACCUGCCGCCCCUCCCUCCUGCUCCCUUCUUCCCAUUUCCCACUGGCCCUGCCCCUCCAUCCCCCCAUUCUUCCUCCUCCUCCUCCCCCUCCUCCUCCUCUUCCUCCUCCCCCUCCUCCUCCUCUUCCUCCUCCCCCUCCUCCUCCUCUUCCUCCUCCCCCUCCUCCUCCCCCUCCUCCUCCCCCUCCUCCUCGUCCCCUCCUUACUCCUCUCCCACUUCUCAUCCUCCCACUACCACUGCACCUAGUGAUUCGGGGCAGCAGCAAGAGCAAGGCGUGGCAGGGGGAGGAGGGGGAGGGGGCGGGGCAAAUCUCCACAUUCCUCCUCCACUUCCUCCCAUUCCUCCCCCUUCUCCUCCCUCCGCUCCCACUUCUCAACCCGCCACUACAUCUGCACCUAGUGAUUCGGGGUUGCAGCAAGAGCAAGGCGCGGCAGGGGUUGGGGGAGGGGGAGUGGAAAUGGCAGGGGAAGGGGCAGGGGCUGUUGAAUCAACGGACGAAAGGAUUCGAGGGGUAGCGAGGGAGGGAGGGGUUGCGGCUGAGGGUGGGGGAGGGAAGGAGGGAGGGGUUACGGCAGAGGGCGGGGGGUUUGAGGCGAAGAUACUCCCAGAAAGGGUUGCUGAUGCUGACGCAGCUUGGAGGAACGAGGCUCUGAGAGCGUUGCAGGAGGAAGGGGAAGGAGGGGAGGAAGAUGAGGAAGAUGAGGAAGAUGAAGAGGAGGAGGAGGAGAGUGAGGAGGAGGGUGUGGAGGAGGAAGGGGCAGAGAGAGAAGGGGGGAGUGAUAGGGGGUUGAGUGAGGAGGAGGAAUGGGCAGAGAGAGGAGGAGGGGGCAGCGAUGGGGGGUUGAGUGAGGAGGAGCUGGUGGUGGCGAGUGAUGCUGCCUUCCUGCUGGCAGUGAUGGCAGGCACGGGGUUUGCACGGGAGGUGUAUCCAAGGAAUGAAACGCUGGCUUUGGAGUACCUCCGCCUGGCAGCAGAGACAGGCUCAAUGCAGGCCAUGACAGCACUUGCCAACCGGUUCCUCUAUGGUCGGGGAGUCCCCACUGACUGCGAGGCGUCUCUCACGUACUAUCGCAGCGUGGCGGCGGACCUGUCAGCAGCAGCAGAGACAUCGGGUGACCAGCAGUUGCCAAGGGACCCAGUGCGCCUGAGGGACUGGUUCAGGGAUGGCGGUUACCAGCCACAGGCGUUUGAUGACAACAAUGCAGAGCAGGUGGAAUUCGAGCAAGAUCUAGCAGAGAGGGGGGUGCCAGAAUCUCUCCGGCUAAUGGGCUUCCGCCACCUCAUCGGCCAGGGCAUCCCCCGCAACCCCCAGCAAGCCCUGCACCACUUCCAAUUGGCCGCUGCUGCUGGUGAUGACGUGGCAGCCUUCAACCUGGGCUAUAUGCACAUGACCGGGGCAGGCGGAGCAAUCCCAAAAAACUUCACCGCUGCCCGGAAAUACUUCCUGCAGGCGGCCUCGGGCAGGCACAAACUUGCAGCUGCCCAGAACGGGCUGGGAGUCUUGUACCAAAACGGAUGGGGGGUAACUCAAAAUCUGACCCUCGCACGAGCAUUCUUCCUUAAAGCUGCAGAAAGAAACGACUCGGAUGCUCUUUCGAACUUAGGGUAUAUUUACUUUGACGGGUUGGGCGUGCCGCCUAAUGCAUCCAUGGCGGUGGGUUACUUUGAAAGGGCCAUGGAUGCGGGUCAGUGGAGUGCGCCAUAUACACUGGCCAGGAUUCUGGAUGGCUCACUGGUGUCUGCUUCUGCUGCUUACUCUGUUGCUGUUGCUGCUGCUGCUGCUGCAGCUGCGGCUGCGGCGGCGGCUGCUAGUGGUGGUGGUGGUGCUGCUGCUGCUGCUGCAGCUGCUACUACAGUGCCCCGGAACUGUUCCCGGGCGGCGAAGCUGUACGGCAUUUUUGUCUCGGAGCGCAUCGGGUGGGGGGCGGAGCUGAAGGAGGCGUCUGCUGCCUACGAGGAUGGGGACUGGUGGAGCGGUUUAGUGCGGUACGGAAUGGUGGCAGAGGAGGGCAGCAGAGUGGCAGCAGAGAAUGCGGCUCACAUGUUGGCACGCGGUCAGGGGUACUCUGCCGCUGAUCGCUACUCUCUUGCUCUAGACCACGCCAUGAGGGCGGUGCACAUCGGAUCUGCUUCAGCCAUGAUCGAUGCCGCCCUGCUCAUGCUCAUCCAUCAACUGCCGCCCUUUGAGCCGCACCCAUCCCUUUUCCAACCCCCUUCUGCUGAAACACACCAUCCGGGACAGUCGCUUCCAGCCGUUGAUCAACCCCUUUCUGCACAGUCAAUCCCAGACGUUGAUCCACACCAGUCAAUCUCAGCCGUUGAUAAGAAUUCCACUGUGCAGCCGGUUACCGCAUCCCCUGAGCCUGCCCCCUGCGACCCGCUCUCUCUGCUGCAGCGAGCAGCCGACCUUCACGAGCCAGAGGCUCUCUUCCACCUCGCUUACCUCCAUAUAGUGGGCCUCGAUAACAGCACUAGCGGGUACAGUGCAGGGCCAGUCAGCUGGAGCAGCAGUAGUCGUGGGGGCAGCAACGGAACCAGCAGCAGCAGCAGCAGCAGCAGCAGCAAUGGCAUGGCAAACAGCAACAGCGCCAUAGCCAUCAUAGUACCAGUGAAUCUGACUCAUGCGCAUGAGCUGCUGAUGUCAGCGCUGCGGUACUGCCACGAGGACGAAACCCUCCCUGUCUCCCUCGCCCUCCACUCCCUCUCCCUCCUCCGCCUCCUCCCCCCCUCCCUGCAAUCCCUCCUCCUCCCCCUCCUCCCUCAUUACGCCGCCGCUGCCACCACCGCACAGCAUGGUGCGGUGCCGUUUGUUGGAGCGGUGGUGUCAGCACUGAGUCGUGCUGCAUCAUCGGUGACGCAGUCCGUGUCAGCGGCUGCGCAGUGGUGGCUGGAUGCAGAGGAUUACUUUUUCGGACAGCUGGAGGCUUUGCUUUUUGGUGACGAUGACAGCAGCACCACCAGCACCAGCACCAGCAGCGCCGGCGGCAGUGGCGGCGGCAGAACUAGCAGCAUGAGCGACACUGACACCAGCACCAGCAGCAGGAGCAGCAGAGGCAGCAGCAGCAGUGGUAGCAGCACUAGUAAAGGCAGCAGAGUGUGGCAGGAGAUGGGCGAGUGGGACACAGUGGUGCUGAUGGUGCUGCUGGGCAUGCUGUCCGUGCUCUGGUGGUUCAGGACAACUGCUGCUGUUGCUCAGGCUGCUCUUGCUGAUGCUGAUGCUGCGAUUGCCGACGCUACGGCAGCUGCUGAGGCUGCCAUUGCGGAAGCCCACGCUGCUGUUGCUGAUGGUGGUGGUGCGAUUGCUGAUGCUACUUCUGCUGACGCAGAUGCUGCUGUUGCUGAUGCAGAUGGUGCUGCUGCUGACCCUGGCACUGCCAAUGCCACGGCUGAUGCUGUUGCUGGGAAUGCUGAUGCUGCCACUCCUCAUACUCGUGAAAGGGUGGUUCUUGGCGCACUUGGUGCUGGGGAUGUGAGACACGAGAAGCGUGAGGGCAAUGGGUCGAGUGGGGGAAAUGGGGUUGAUGAGGGCAACGGGGACGGAAGGAGCAACGAGGAGGGGCCUGGCACACUCAUGCACUCACGUGACGAUGGUGCUCGCGGUGGUGCAUCUGAGUCGACUCAGGAGAAGGUUCCUCGCACAUACAUGGAUGAAUGCGCUGAUGGGGCUCGCAGUGCAGCGCCCGGCGUUGAUCCUGAUGCGCAUGAGAGCAGGGGUGGGGAUGGUCAUGUGCAUGGUCAUGGGGAUGAGCAUGGGAAUGGUCAUGGGGAUGAGCAUGGGAAUGGUCAUGUGGAGCGUUUAUCAACAACUGCUGCCAACGAGAGUCGGGGCUUACGGCAAAGAGCUGUGCAACAGAGGACUGCGGAGGAUUCCCCUGACGAGUGACUUUUUUUUUGUGCAAUUACCAGAUACCCAAGUGUUAUGUCUACUUGGGAUGCUAGUCUAGGGCUGUAUACACAUGCCAAUUGUAUGCAGUUGUUUUAUGCCAUAAAGAACUUCAAUGAGU